CUCUAUCCAAGCAGAGCAUUUUCACAGUAUCAAGUCGGUUUCGACAGUCCUUCCUUUUUUUUUCACUUUUUUCAAGUUUAUACAGAAGCUAUUGACUAGCUUCAUCACAUUCCUUCAAUCACAUACACUCCUUGCAGAGCACACAAUCAUUAGCAUUUGUCCUACUCAUCAACCAAUUUCUACUUACAAUACCUUUCUACCAAGAUGCGUUUCACUCAGUUCUUCAACUACCUUGCUGUCGGCUCCCUUGCCGGCAUCGCCGCCGCCGCUCCGUUGGGAACUCGGACCCUGGAGGUCGAGGAGGGAGAGCAGUUGGCCUCCCGUUCCACCAACGCAGUGGUGAGCGUCAGCGCAUUGGCUGUCACUAGUAUCAACGACAGUGUUGGCAAGAGCUCCGGCUCGAACUCUUACACCAUGUACACCGGCGAUGGUUCGACGGCUGAUGGAUGGCCCGCCAAGUCCGACUGGCUUUCCUUCGAUGCGAUGUGGGAGGCCAACGAGGAUGCUGUCAUUGCCAAUUCCUGCAGCAACAAUGGCUGGGGCCAGGACAACUCAGCAACCGAGACCGCAAACAUUAAGAGUGCCAUUGAGAAGGUCGCUGAGGAGUCCAUGGUCGACCAUCGCUUCAUUCUGGCCGUGGUUCUGCAGGAAUCCAAGGGCUGUGUCCGGGUCCCGACUACCGCCAACAGUGUAAGCAACCCUGGCCUCAUGCAGAGUUACGAGGGUACGGGUACUUGCUAUGGGAAGAGCACCUGCUCCGACUCGGAGAUCGUCCAGAUGAUCCGCGAUGGAGCUAUUGGAACUUCCGCCAGUGGUGGUUAUGGCCUCGCUUCUUACCUGGACUUGGCCGAUCGGACUGGUGUUGCGGCCUACUACCGUGCCGCCAGACUUUACAACUCUGGUGUAAACUCCCUCCAGUCGACCACCAACCUUGAUCUUGCCUCCGGUGCCACUUCUUGCUACGCCUCUGAUAUCGCCAACCGUCUCACUGGCUGGACGACGGCGACCUCCAAGUGCUCUAGCUCCGAUCCACUUUCCUCGGGUCGGCAGUCGCCGGCCGCCGAGCAAACCACAACAACUUCAUACUUCAGUUACUGUCGAACUUGGCACUUUUACCAUGUGCAUGGUUACAUUCCUGCUCUUUCGACAAGCCGUGGCGAUGGCUAUCGAAGUACUACCCAGCCAGGUACAGACCUGUCAGACUGGAAGUGCUUGGCGGACGUCACUAUGUGGAAGUGCACCUUACUAGAAUGUGUUGCCAGCAUGAUGUACACGUUCAUGUUGACAUGGGUGGCGAUUGCACCAGCAUCCAGAGAUCGAGACGAUAUCAGUAACCUCUCCCACCUCAGCAUGGACAACUACAAUUGGGCUCGCUUCUUACCUGCGAGUAUCGUCAAUGUGUGCCUCCUCCCUUUGAUCAUCUCUACUUUUGCGCGCUCGACUGGCGGCUAUGUCAAUCCGACUAUUACAUUGGCUGCGUACUUUCUUCGCCGAGUGUCCUUAUCACGGGCUGCUAUGUACAUUGGGGGGCAGAUCAUUGGAAGUGCAUUGGCAGUGUGGGCUGUGCAUGAAGCAUAUGGUAGCACAGGGCUAAAUAUGGGGUGUAUCAUCAAUCCUGGAGGGAUUUCGAUACGCGAUGCAUGUGUUGCUGAGAUGAUCGGCAGUUUUGCUAUAGUAGUGGCAGUCAUGUACAUUGCUGCUGGUCGCAAAACUAGAGGGUUAUUUGGAGAUGCGACGUCGCCUUGGAUGGUGGGCAUUGCCAUUGAGGCUGGGUUCUGGCUACCCAGAUUCAUAUGGCAGGAGUAUCCCCGUGCAAAUAGGGCUAGUUCACUACCUUCAAUAAUGAGCGUUGCGAUCUCUUAG